AUGGCAUUACCCACAAUCCAAUCUUUCAAAAAACUGUCAUCAGAAGAUAAAAGACAAGUGCUUGAUCACUUGUUUGAACCAUGUAAUACAUUAUCCAAUUUUGUAUUCAUAAAAGUCCUCCAUCAACAAUACAAUACAUACCCAGAGUUUAUCAACAUUGUCAGAAAAGAGCUACUUGAAUUUUUGAAACAAAGUGAAACUUUCCAAUCUCAAUAUCAAGGUGAAAUAAACCCGGUGAUAAAUGAAAUUAUUUCGGCCCACCCCAGAUUAGGUGAACCUAAAAAGGAAACCCUUUCAGUGCAUUCAAAUAAUGAACAGAAAACUUUGAAUAGUGACCCUGAGAUUAUCAAGAAAUUGAAAGAAUUAAAUGCUGCUUAUGAAAAGACAUUUCCUGGAUUACGUUAUGUUGUUUUUGUCAAUGGUAGAACUAGACAUGAAAUAAUGGAUAAUAUACAAAAAAGAAUUGAUCGAAAUGAUAUAAAGUUGGAAAGAGUAGAAGCUUUUAAUGCUAUGUGUGAUAUUGCAUUAGAUAGAGCUAAUAAAUUAGGUAUUAAAUUGUAA